GCGCUCGGCACUGGGGGCGGGACGGCCUGGGUCCGGCUUGGCCUGCAGUGCGCCGAGGACGCCGCGCGAGCAUGUACCGGCUGCUGAGCCCGAGUCUGGGCCGAGGCCUCCUGCGGGCCGCGGGGCGGCGGUGCCGGGACUGCUCGGCGCGCCUGCUCCUGGGGCCGGCAGGAGGCCGCGCGCCUGAGGUGGGGGUGCCGGCAUCCCGAGUCCCGCCGCGCGGCCGGGGCCCGGGCCUGCUGCCGCUGCUGGCAGCGCUCGCCUGGUUCUCGAGGCCCGCUGCGGCAGAGGAGGAGGAGGAGGAGCGGCAGGGAGCGGGCGGGGCCGCCGCCGAGGGCGCGGUGGACGCGACCGAGGCCGAGAUCAUUCAGCUGCUGAAGCGAGCCAAGUUGAGCAUCAUGAAAGAUGAGCCAGAAGAGGCUGAGCUAAUUUUACAUGACGCUCUUCGUCUUGCCUAUCAGAGUGAUAACAGGAAGGCCAUCACUUACACUUAUGAUUUGAUGGCCAACUUGGCAUUUAUACGGGGUCAACUUGAAAAUGCGGAAAAACUUUUUAAAGCAACCAUGAGUUACCUGCUUGGAGGGGGCAUGCAACAGGAAGACAAUGCGAUAAUUGAAAUCUCUCUGAAGUUGGCCAGUAUCUAUGCUGCUCAAAAUAGACAGGAAUUUGCUCUUGCUGGCUAUGAAUUCUGCAUUUCAACCCUAGAGGAAAAAAUUGAAAGAGAAAAGGAAUUAGCAGAAGACAUUUUGUCAGUGGAAGAGAAAGCCAACACCCACCUCCUCCUUGGCAUGUGCUUAGACACCUAUGCCCGCUACCUUCUGUUCUCCAAGCAGCCGGCACAGGCACAGAGGAUGUAUGAAAAAGCUUUGCAGAUUUCUGAAGAAAUACUAGGAGAAAGACACCCACAGGGUCGGGAGACUAGUAGAUCGCAGAUCACAGAAAUAAAGCAGAUUGCGGAAAACCCAGAUCCAACAAAUCUCGCCGCAUCACUGGAGGUACUUGAGGAAAAGAUGGAGAAGUACGACUUUCAACCCAAAGGGAAGGUCUGGAUGCCACAGAGCUUUAUCCUACUGAGUAUCUACCAGUGACGUGGGUGACGAUGCUGUGAGUACAGAACUGUUACAAGCCAGCGAGCGCACCGCCAGAGACGUGGGGUUGGCACGCCAGAGUGGGGCCACCGCCCCAUGACUCACCAGUUAGGCAGUCUGCACGGGUUCUUAAACCUCCCUAGGUUUCCUCAUCUGCACAAUGGAGACGAUUACACCGUGGAGGGUGUAGGGCCGCUGUGAGGAUUAAAUGCCUUGUACAUGCUUCCAAGUGCCCAGGGCUAUAACGACAUAACUGUCUGCCUGCCAUUACUGUUAUUCUGUCUUCACACGGUGGACUGAUCGCAUCUACAGAUGAAUGCUGAAUGACUGAACAGAGAUCCAGGAAGACACUGCUGGGGUAGGAAAAGUAACUGAGUGGCACAACACGGACUUGGAGCCAGUGACUCCAAAAGUACAGCAAAGGAAAGGUACGGACCCAGAGCAGCGCAUCAAGAUACCCUGAUAUUUAUGCUCGUAUUAAGGGCACUAAAUCCUAACUGCGUGCUCGUUGCCCAACACCCUAAUACAAUCUACACUCCUGAACAGUGAUGCCUCUGGGGCAGAGCACACUUCUCAGAACUUACUGAGAGGCUAAGCUAAAUAAAGUGGUUUUCUGCAGAGGGACACUCAGAACCAGCAGCGUGAACAGCUGAUGACGCAGGAUGUUUACAGAGAGAAGACUUGAAGGACACGCUUUGUCUUCAAAUGGCUGCGGAGUGGUCAUGCAGACUCGGCCCAAACGGAUAAAACUAAGACCGAUGGGUAAAAAAAAACUACACGAAGAGCUAAUCCGGCCCCACAUUUGUUCAAAGAAAAGACAGACAGCUUCAGAAAGCAGCAAGUUCUUGCUCUCUAGCAGGCAAUCUUCAUGUACUGGCAGACAUUUGAGAAGAAACUUUAAGAUCAAAUGUGGUUGGACAGACGCCUACAAGAGCCUUCAAACUCAAGGAUCGCAUGAGAGGCAACACCAGAGAUACAAUUAUUAUUAACGCAGGUUUUAUUUUGGGAUUCAUGAAAGAAAUCCCACUUACCCAUAUCAGAGUCACCUCCACCAGAGGAGUUCAACUUACGAAAAAUCUCCUGCUUCUUUGAUUUAACCAUGGGUGACGUGUUUUCGAGCUUGGUGAAGAAGGAAGGCAAGUAGCUUAUACUCCCUGGCGAGCGGGAAUCAUUCCUGUGGGGAACACAGUUAUGCCUAUUAUGUCUGUUUCAUCAUGUGCUAACCUUGGGGGUGUACCCACUUCCCCAUUUCGUGUCUGUGAAUAACCCUACGUCAUAUAUGGGGACACAAAUACUUCAGCAUGCUCAUAAAGUUAGGACUGCAAUGGAGAUAAUCUAGGAUCGAGAUUCUUAACGAAGACUGAAUAAGCAACAAACGAUGUUAACAGGAAAGUGAGAAACAGCUUACCAUGAUGCCGUCUGCUUAACGGCACAGACACUGGUACUAUUUAUAGCUGCCACAUACACCAGGAACUAUUCACUAUUCUACUAGCAGAACUGCUAUGAAGUAGAAGAAAUUAAAACUAAUAGCACGACUUGCCUAUAAAACAGCAAGAGCUCAUACCUAAGCAAUCAAAACCUGGGGCCUUCAACAGAAGAGCCACAAUGUAGAAAUAAAACUGCCUCUGUUAAAAUCAUUUCACGCCUCCCACCAGAUGAGCUGAGUCUCAUGUAAAGGGUUUCGCAAUCAUCUGCAGCUUCCUAUACUAACACAUCUUAAAGAACCAAAUUUCCUUUAACCACGAUGAUCUAGCUAGAGCUGGAGAUGACAGCAAAGAACAAACGGAAGGCUGCUGAUCACCUAAUCUGGUCGGGUGGAUUCAUUCAUCAUUCAAACAUAAGAAUACCUGCCAUAUGCCAAAGAGAGACAGAUAUGUGAUAGAAAAUGGGCAGGAUGUGGCCCCUGUCCUCAAAAAAGUCACAAACUGAAGGGAAAGCGUAAAUAUACAAUUAAAUUGAACGUCAGCCCCUUUCUAAAAACAGAUUCUCCUCAUUUCGUUGAAAGGUACCAACAUCUAUUUGCUUGCCCAUGAAUAUAAACCAUAAAUAACUUAGAACACAUUGUUUAAGAAAUGCACUAGCAGUUUGGAGUGAGACCUUGGUUUAGAGCUGGACCCUCCCUCUAUCUGACCAUGGGCACCUCCUAGAUUCACCUCCAGGAGCAUCACGGGAGUGGGUUCUACACCAAGGAAACAGCAUACGUAGGGACUGAAAGGAAUUCAGGGGAGCGUAAGCAGCUUGACACGGACACAAGAGUGUGGUGUGAGGGGGAAGCGGCAGGAAACCAGACGAGCAGCAUGAACCUGCUCAUGAAGGAACUCAGGUGCUGGCCUACUGGCUUAGAGCUUGAUUCCAUGAGUUUUAGACAAAUCACUCUGGUGGAAGUGGACCAGGCAGGGGCCAAACCAAAGGUGUCUAAUCCAAACGGAAAUAAAACCCAAGUAAUUCACAGGGGCUGGGUUGGGGUCAGAAAUAGGGAAGAAAAAGUCCGUAAAGCAGUUCAGCAAAGGUGCUCGUUAGGACUUCCCUUCCACGUGGAGUCCACAAGGCCUGGUACACGAUAAACACUCAAGCACUUCGGCUUCGAUCGACAGCCGAACAGCUGACCACGUGGACAGAAAAGGCUUUUUUAAAAAAGAUCUAGAAAGGCUUGAUUUCAAGAAUAGUGAACACUUUUUUUCUGUAACCUAUUUAAAUGUGACUUUUGCACUAAAAUCCACUGGCAUUAGAUCACCAGGGAAAGAGACUUCGUGGUCCUUGGAGAGUCCUAUCCUGACCUGUAACCCGGAGGAGAGAAAAGGCACAGGACACACGCACGCUCUGACACGGGAGCCGCCAGCCGGGACACGCUCCUGCUCCUCACCUCUGCUCUGCAGGCUCCGCCCCUCUCUGAGACAGGAGCAGUACACUGUCCUGUUUCUCAUGCACGACUGGAACCUGGGGUGGGGAGAUGGGCUCGUAGGACUCAGAAGAGACGUGACUCCUCUCUGGGGAUUUUCCAGGCCUGGUAUUGUAACAUAUAAAAUAUUAGAUUGUGCUCCUGGGGCCCGCCUACAAAUCACCCUAGACGGUUUGAAACCGGUUCACUCAUUACGUCAUUCAGGAGAAAGGAAUAAAAGUUGCUAGCUUCUAUCAGAAAAAAA